AUGCUGUUCGCUGUUGCUGCCCUGCCUUCGCUCCUUGUGAACUGUAAUUCUGUUUCAUUUCAGGAGUGCAAUCUCGGCCCUCCUGUGCGGGAAGUAUAUGAACAGUUCUUGCUCAAGGCUAACCCAGGCCUGAUAUGGAAUGAUGCCAUGUCGAGCCAGGCUUUGCGAGAAUUAGAAAGACCAGGAAGUGUACUGAGACCCGGGGCACCUUACAUACACUUUGGCGCUGAAAGGUUCGUUUGCGUAAUGGCUCGCUCAGUCUUUCACAAAAUUCACGGACUUGGUGAAGGCGUGAACUACGGAUGCAAUGGCGUGUACACAACUGAAAACAGCCAAGACAUGAAGGUUCUGUGUCUCUUCCAGAAUUACUAA